AUGGCGGCCGUCGUUGGUCAUUUCAACCUCUGGAACAUUACAAGCGAGCAGGCUUUACAAGAUGCAUGGCUGCGCCUAGAAAAUGUAAAACCUCUCUCAGCUACCAGUUCUGUUCUCUCGAUAGUCAUGGCGCCUAUAAUAAUGCUUGGCAAUGUUCUUGUCUUGUUAGCAGUUUGGAAAGAUCCGCUUAAGAAACUUCGAUCAUCACCAUCAAACGUCAUUCUGGUGUCUAUGGCUCUCGCUGAUCUGUCCGUCGGCUUGGUGGUUUGUCCACUCACGGCAUAUUGGGGCUGGGUAAUAUUUGACAAAGGAACAUCGCCUUUUGAUCUCUCAGUUAUCUUCGCAAUCAACGCGUUUUCUGUGAAUGUCAGCUUUGGCCACAUGUUCCUGUUGACAGUAGAUAGACUUUUGGCCGUGGUCAAACCGCUCCAGUAUCGUGUUAUAAUUACAAAUAAACGAGCAGUCAUUGCAAGUUGUGUUUGCUGGAUCUAUUUUUUAGCAUUCGGAUGUUCAUUUCUGAUACUGAGGGAUUACUUGGCCUUAAUGGCAGCUGUCGACACCGUGCAACUUCUUUCCAUCCUUUUAAGCAUGCUCAUUAUGUACACUGUGAUCAUGUUUCGUUUCCACAGAUAUUCCAAAUCAAGGAUAAAUGAACCUAUUUAUUCCCAAAACAAUCUUACCUUCAUUCUAAAGAGAGAAAGAAGGCUCUUCAAAGCAAUCACCAUCGUCAUCUGUGCAUUUCUUAUUUGCUACAUGCCCGCGUUUAUAGUUCAGAUGUUGAUAUAUUUAUGCAAACCAUGCCACCCUCAUUUGGCCUUGCUUAUGAUAUUCUUUGGAUUUUCAACCUGUUUAACGUACGCAAACUCGGGCUUAAAUCCAAUUCUAUAUUCAUGGCGGCUUCCAAAAUACAGAGAAACAUUUAAGUACCUUUUGAAGAAUAGAGCUUCAAGGUGCACUGGUCAAAACACUUAG